AUGUACUACCGCCAGCGAAAGAAAGGCCAUGUCCAAGAAGAGACAAGAGUUUUACUACGAGUACUGACUCGGGAAGUGAAAAGAGAAAUCGGAAGAUAUAAAACGGAAAAAUGGCAAAGUUUUCUAUCGACUGUACAAGAUUCUCAUGACAGACCAGAGAAAGCCUUUUGGAACUACCUAUCUAGAGUAUACAAGCCAAAAACUCUUCCUUUUUCCAAACUGGCGGUAAAUGGAAAAUCAUUAUCAGAUGAACAAGAAAUUACAGAUGAACUCUACAAGUACUAUGAAGAACAAUUUCAACCUCCAUCGUUAGAUAAAAAUGAUCCGCACGAUGCUGAAAUUGAAAAGGAAUACAUCGAGAUGAAGAAAGUCUUGGAAACAUCAAAUGAGCCUGUAAGAGCGACAAGUAUCUUCGAGAUUACAAAAUAUAUUAAGAAAUUGAAAGAGAAGAAAUCGGCUGGGUAUGAUUCAGUGUCCAACUACAUGCUCAAACUUUUACCACCUGGAUACGCUGGCUGUCUUACAAAAUGUUUUAACAAGUGGUUAACCGAGUGUAGCUAUCCAGAACCUUGGAAGAUAGCAAAGAUAAUCACAUUAAGUAAAUUAAAGGCAGGAGUACCUCGAUGUGAUCAAACUCGUCCUAUCUCAUUACUGGCCACACAUUCUAAGUUGUUUGAAAAAGUAUUACUAAAAAGAGUUCGACAUUGGGCAGAGAAUCAACAACUGGUACCGAUUGAGCAAUCUGGAUUUCGUCCAGGAUGCUUACUGCCAACUCGAGUACUAUCUAUUUAUCAAGAAGUGAAAAAUAAUUUGGCUGGUAAUAUCCCAACACUUGCUAUCUAUUAUGAUUAUCAGAAAGCAUAUGACAAAGUGUGGCAUAUUGGACUCGUAGUAAAACUAUAUCGACUUGAAAUGCCACAUGGACUUCUUAAAAUGAUCGUGUCAUGGCUGUCUGGAAGAAAAGCAUAUGUUAAUUUCGGUAAAACAUCGUCUGGUGUGUUUCUUAUCUACAUUGGACUACCUCAAUGA